UCCCAUUCACAUAGCGUGUCCCAUUCAGUGUAAGCGCCUGCCGUGCAUGUGCGGCCACAUCAGUGUCAUCAUUACCGAGCCGUCACUACGUAACAGGGAACGUCCACUAUGCGGCCCUCCACAUUUUGUUCCACUACAACUUCUUCAAGUGCAAUGAUGCCUGCCGGAGAAUGGUGCCAGUUGUAGUUUAACAAUGUCUGAAUGGUGGCAAACCUCGGAGCACUGAAUCCUGCUAAAAGUCAGCUUGCAUUCAUUUAAAGGCAAAUGAAGAAUGUUUCAAAGGAAGUUGGGCGUCCCACAAGCUUCUUCACAAGAAAGCAAAAGAUGAUAAGAUCAAACCUGAAACCUCACCAUGGACUAUGGAUGGUGACAUAAACACAGAUCCUUGGCCAGGUUAUCGAUAUACUGGUAAGCUGAGGCCACAUUAUCCAUUGACUCCAAUGAGACCAGUACCAAGCUACAUACAGAGGCCAGAUUAUGCAGAUCACCCUUUAGGGAUGUCUGAAUCUGAACAGGCUUUGAAGGGCACCUCACAAAUAAAAAUCCUUUCUACAGAAGAUAUAGAAGGAAUGCGGGUUGUGUGCAGACUUGCCAGAGAGGUAUUGGGAGUGGCUGCCAUGAUGGUAAAAUCUGGUAUUACAACAGAAGAGAUAGACCAUGCGGUACAUUUGGCAUGUAUUUCAAGAAACUGUUAUCCAUCCCCACUGAAUUAUUAUAAUUUUCCUAAAUCCUGCUGCACCUCAGUAAAUGAGGUCAUCUGCCAUGGAAUUCCAGACAGGAGGCCUUUGCAAGAUGGUGAUAUUGUAAAUGUGGAUAUUACAGUUUAUCGAGAUGGAUAUCAUGGAGAUCUCAAUGAGACAUUUUAUGUUGGGGAUGUGGAUGAGGGAGCAAAGAGACUUGUUGAGACCACAUACGAGUGCCUGAUGCAAGCUAUAGAUGAAGUGAAACCAGGUGUCCGAUACAGGGAGCUUGGGAAUAUCAUUCAAAAACAUGCACAAGCAAAUGGUUUUUCUGUUGUUCGAAGCUAUUGCGGUCAUGGCAUCCACAAACUUUUCCAUACUGCUCCAAAUGUGCCACAUUAUGCCAAAAACAAGGCUGUUGGCGUGAUGAAGCCAGGCCACGUCUUUACAAUAGAACCAAUGAUUUGCGAAGGAGGAUGGCAAGACGAGACUUGGCCUGAUGGUUGGACAGCAAUAACGAGAGAUGGGAAAAGAUCAGCACAGUUUGAGCAUACCCUAUUAGUCACAGAGACCGGCUGUGAGAUUCUAACACGUAGACUUGAAGAAAAUGGACGCCCUCAUUUUAUCUCUUAGCACCUCGUAUAGGCUUAGUAGAUCUGAAUGGUGUCUCUACCAAUCUGUACCAUGCAUUUUUACAGGCAAGAUAUCUGAAGAAAGGGGAUUUUAUCAUGUCUCGUGUUACUCUGUGACGAUACAGACGAAAACACUAUUCAGGUUGAUCUAGUAAUCUAUUAAAGAACUUAUUGGUGUUUUUCAGACAAGAAGGAAACAGGUCUUUAAAAUGUUUUUCUCCUUUUAAAUGUAGUUUGCUGCUUACCCACACUUUAUCACAUUUAAUUUUUAGUUACAAAACUGGUCUGCUAAUACCCAUUUCUUGCCUUUUCUCUCAACAUGGGCACAAAGCAAAAUUUGCCUUCCUUGAUUUUUACUACCUGUCAUAUUACUUGAAUUUGAUUUAUUUGGGGAUUCUCUGAAUGCUGACAAUGUGGUAUUUUUAAACUUUGUUUGAGCUAUGCAUUUGUCUGAAUCUUAUGCAGUGGUGUUUCCCUGGUCCUUGUCUUCUGUUGAGUUCCUAAAUUGUUCCUUUAGCUUAAAGGGUAAGGAAAGCCAAAUAUCCAUAAUACAUCUUUUGCAAGUGAACCCACCCCCACUAUCUGCAAUUUCAAAUACUUCAAUAGGUGUGAAAAAAGCAGACAGCAGUAGUGCAGUGGAGUUGGCAGUUGCCAUAGCAGGCUUCUUGAAGUCCUUCUCUGGUGACCAGGAGGAUUGGAAGUCAAUCUGGUACUGAUAUCAACUGCACAUGCUCCUGGUUGUUGGCAAUUGCCUGCACAGAGCUGGGGAAAGGAUGUUAAGCAGCAUGAUAUGGUGGCUGCCAACCCCUGUGUUAAGCCUGUGCUUUAACAAGAGUGGGCAAACAGUGCAGUAUUUGGAAUUAGAAGUGUGUUUUGGGGAGGGGGCUCUGCAGGGGACAAUUCAUGUAUAGAUGCCUUUUUUUAUGUCCUUAAAUGCUUUCUCGCUUUGCUUCUUAGCUUUAGCCCAUAAACUUCCCAAAUUGUUCAGGAUUUAUACUAUUUUAUAGGGUAUGUU